UGUCCGAGCUCCGCGUCCCACGCGGCACUGACCCCGCCGCCCAUGGCUCUGAUCAUGGAACCAGUGAGCAAAUGGUCUCCGAGUCAAGUAGUGGACUGGAUGAAAGGUCUUGAUGACUGUUUGCAGCAGUAUAUUAAGAACUUUGAGAGGGAGAAGAUCAGUGGAGAUCAGCUGCUACGAAUCACACAUCAGGAACUAGAAGAUCUGGGAGUCAGCCGUAUUGGCCAUCAGGAACUGAUCUUGGAGGCAGUUGACCUUCUGUGUGCACUGAAUUAUGGCUUAGAAACAGAAAAUUUAAAAACCCUUUCUCACAAGUUGAAUGCAUCUGCCAAAAAUCUACAGAACUUCAUAACAGGAAGGAGAAGGAGUGGCCAUUAUGAUGGAAGGACCAGCAGAAAAUUGCCAAAUGACUUUCUGACCUCAGUUGUGGAUCUUAUUGGAGCAGCCAAGAGUCUCCUUGCUUGGUUGGACAGGUCACCAUUUGCUGCUGUGACAGACUAUUCAGUCACAAGAAAUAAUGUCAUACAGCUCUGCUUGGAACUAACAACAAUUGUGCAACAGGAUUGCACUGUAUAUGAAACUGAGAAUAAAAUUCUUCACGUGUGUAAAACUCUUUCUGGAGUCUGUGACCACAUCAUAUCCCUGUCAUCAGAUCCUCUGGUUUCACAAUCUGCUCACCUGGAAGUGAUUCAGCUGGCAAAUAUUAAGCCAAGUGAAGGGCUGGGUAUGUACAUUAAAUCCACAUAUGAUGGCCUCCAUGUAAUUACUGGAACCACAGAAAAUUCACCUGCAGAUCGAUGCAAGAAAAUCCACGCUGGUGAUGAAGUGAUUCAAGUUAAUCAUCAGACUGUGGUGGGGUGGCAGUUGAAAAAUUUGGUGAAUGCACUACGAGAGGACCCGAGUGGUGUUAUCUUAACUUUGAAAAAGCGACCUCAGAGCAUGCUUACCUCAGCACCAGCUUUACUGAAAAAUAUGAGAUGGAAGCCCCUUGCUCUGCAGCCUCUUAUACCUAGAAGUCCCACAAGCAGCGUUGCCACGCCCUCCAGCACCAUCAGUACACCUACCAAAAGAGACAGUUCUGCCCUCCAGGAUCUCUACAUCCCCCCUCCUCCUGCAGAACCAUAUAUCCCCAGGGAUGAAAAGGGAAACCUUCCUUGUGAAGACCUCAGAGGACAUAUAGUGGGCAAGCCAGUUCAUAAGGGAUCUGAAUCCCCAAACUCAUUUCUGGAUCAGGAGUAUCGAAAGAGAUUUAACAUUGUGGAAGAAGAUACUGUGUUGUAUUGCUAUGAAUAUGAAAAAGGAAGAUCAAGUAGUCAAGGAAGACGAGAAAGCACACCGACCUAUGGCAAGCUACGACCUAUAUCUAUGCCAGUCGAAUAUAAUUGGGUGGGGGACUAUGAAGAUCCAAAUAAGAUGAAGAGAGAUAGUAGAAGAGAAAACUCUCUUCUUCGAUAUAUGAGCAAUGAAAAAAUUGCUCAAGAAGAAUACAUGUUUCAGAGAAACAGCAAAAAGGACACAGGAAAGAAGUCAAAAAAGAAGGGUGAUAAGAGUAAUAGCCCAACUCACUACUCAUUGCUGCCUAGUUUGCAAAUGGAUGCAUUGAGACAAGACAUCAUGGGCACACCAGUGCCGGAAACCACACUGUAUCAUACAUUUCAGCAGUCCUCUCUGCAGCACAAAUCAAAGAAGAAAAACAAAGGAGCUAUCGCAGGCAAGAGCAAAAGACGAAUUUCUUGCAAGGAUCUUGGCCGUGGUGACUGUGAGGGAUGGCUUUGGAAAAAGAAAGAUGCAAAGAGCUAUUUUUCGCAGAAAUGGAAGAAGUACUGGUUUGUCCUAAAGGAUGCGUCCCUAUACUGGUAUAUUAAUGAAGAGGAUGAAAAAGCAGAAGGAUUCAUCAGUCUGCCUGAAUUUAAAAUUGAUAGAGCCAGUGAAUGCCGCAAGAAAUAUGCAUUCAAAGCCUGCCAUCCUAAAAUCAAAAGCUUUUAUUUUGCUGCUGAACAUCUUGAUGACAUGAACAGGUGGCUUAAUAGAAUUAACAUGCUGACUGCAGGGUAUGCAGAGAGAGAGAGGAUUAAGCAAGAACAAGAUUACUGGAGUGAGAGUGACAAAGAAGAAGCAGAUACUCCAUCAACACCGAAACAAGACAGCCCUCCUCCCCCCUAUGAUACAUACCCACGGCCUCCCUCUAUGAGUUGCGCCAGUCCUUAUGUGGAAGCAAAGCACAGCCGGCUGUCCUCCACAGAGACCUCUCAGUCUCAGUCUUCACAUGAGGAGUUUCGCCAGGAAGUUACUGGGGGCAGUGCUGUGUCCCCCAUUCGCAAGACCGCCAGUCAGCGCCGCUCCUGGCAGGAUUUAAUCGAGACACCGCUGACAAGUUCGGGCUUACACUAUCUUCAGACUCUGCCUCUGGAAGAUUCGGUCUUCUCUGACUCGGCAGCCAUCUCCCCUGAGCACAGGCGGCAGUCUACUCUUCCCACUCAGAAGUGCCACCUCCAGGAUCACUAUGGCCCAUACCCUUUAGCCGAGAGUGAGAGGAUGCAAGUGUUAAAUGGCAAUGGGGGCAAGCCCCGAAGUUUUACUCUGCCUCGAGAUAGCGGGUUCAACCACUGCUGUCUGAACGCACCAGUUAGUGCCUGUGACCCACAAGAUGACAUACAGCCACCAGAGGUGGAGGAAGAGGAGGAAGAGGAAGAAGGGGAGGCAGCAGCGGAAAACGUAGGAGAGAAAAGUGAAAAUCUUGAAGAAAAGUUAGGAGACUCCUUGCAAGAUUUGUACAGGGCACUGGAGGAAGCCAGUCUGUCACUCAUAGGGGAACAUCGCAUUUCAACCAAGAUGGAAUACAAGCUGUCAUUUAUAAAAAGAUCUAAUGAUCCUGUGAUGAAUGAAAAACUGCACAGGCUGAGAAUUCUUAAAAGCACUUUAAAGGCCAGAGAAGGGGAAGUAGCCAUUAUUGAUAAAGUCCUAGACAAUCCAGACUUGACAUCUAAAGAAUUCCAACAAUGGAAGCAGAUGUACCUCGACCUUUUCUUGGAUAUCUGUCAAAACACCACCUCAAAUGACCCACUAAGUAUUUCUUCUGAAGUAGAUGUUAUCACUUCCUCUCUAACACAUACUCAUUCAUACAUUGAGACCCAUGUGUAA